AUGCCGGUCCUGACAAGCCCUGACAUCGCUAACAAGUUUAAGGAGAAAUGGCUGGCGGUCUACCCGGAGGAUCAGGUCACCGGGUCCGACUCUGCCCCUCUUGACGACAGUCUCACCAGCCUCCACUGGCUCCAGAAUUUCUCGAUCCUCAGCGCGGACCCGGAGCGACCCAACGGCGCUGGACCCGGCUGCCCGUCCUCCCAGCAGCACCUCUUUCUCAAGCGGCUCGGCUUCCCAAGAGGAGGCACCGACUCACCGUCUAGCCCUCCGGCCGGGGACACCGCCGCCACCGGGAUGCCUCUGUACCUCGGGAGCCCCGUUACCUCCGACAGCGACUCCACGGCGGCGCCGCGGUUUGCCAGUUGCGCACAUCCCACAUCAGUCUAUUCACAGAUCCCCAUCCAGGCCAGCCCGCCGGUUGAGGUCGACUACAAAACCAACCCCAAAGUCAAACCGCCCUAUUCAUACGCUUCUCUCAUCUGCAUGGCCAUGCAGGCCAGCAAGCAGCCCAAAGUGACUCUGUCCACCAUCUACAACUGGAUAACAGAGAAUUUCUGCUACUACAGACACGCGGAGCCCAGCUGGCAGAACUCGAUCCGUCACAACUUGUCCCUCAACAAGUGUUUUAAGAAGGUCCCCAGACAAAAAGACGAGCCAGGGAAAGGAGGUUUCUGGCAGAUUGAUCCUCAGUAUGCAGACAUGUUUGUCAAUGGCAUCUUUAAACGCAGGAGAAUGUCUGCAAAUCACUACAACAACAGCAGCAACAACAGCAGCACACAUCGACAGAGCAAACUGGUUCAGGGUUAUCACAGCACCCAAAAUGGCUGCCCUUACCAGGGGGUGGGCGGCAAACGGAAGCAUCUGCCCUCUAAAAACAGCAACAAGGUGAUGAGGGUAACUGAGUCCCCUCUAUUAGCAACAGAAGCCCAAAAAGCAGACAUCCUGAGGGGGGACUUUGACCUGGCGUCAGUGUUCGAUGAUGUUCUCAGCGGGAACUGUAGCACCUUUGAGGAUUUGGACAUCAACACAGCGCUGAGCUCCCUGGGCUGCGAGAUGGAAGUUUCCAUGCAGGGGAGGCAGCACUCGGCAGGACUUGGGAGGUGGUGCGGCGGCGGUGGCGGGGACCUCAUGGGUCAGAGCCAACACCUGAGCCACCAUCAGCCCUACGGUUACAUGGACUUGAGCGCUGCUUCAAUGGAGUGCACUGUCAAUAUGGGAGAGCUCCAUGUGCCGCAGCAGCAUCCGCAGCAGCUGGACCAGGAUCAGCUGCUCCAGAGCCACCACCACCUGCAGCAGUUCGACGAGCCCUCCACACUGUUCCCGGAGCAGCCUGAGGAGGCCAUGCUGCAGCCCUGGGAGGAAAUCAAAGAGGAGGCGCAGUCAAUUCCUCUUACUCUGGAUCAGGGCUUCGGCCUGUACGAGGGCUUCUUCACGGAGAUGCAGCCAUGGGAGCGAGUGGAGGCCUAUCUGUGA